UUGUCUCAGAGUUGCUUUAGAAUUUUUUUCCAAAGAUUCCACAUGAACCUACUUUUCCUAAAAUUGAUCUGUAUGUAUGUAUGUAUGUAUGGGUAUGGUUGUAAUGGCUGUUCUCAAAAGUACAAGGCAGGCUUAUGGGGAGAGCUGAUCGGGACCGGUUUGCGGCGGUGUAUGGAGGUCAGUCGGCGGCUAUUUAACCUACAUCCACUCACAGAUCCCGUUUGGACCUUCUCGGAUACGCUGGCCUUCGAAAUGCGGUUAAGGUGUUUGUUCGUGUUGGCCGUUUUAUGUGCCGGAGCGUCCGCACAGGGUUAUCAACCCCCACUUCUACUAGCAGCUCCACCCCCACCUCCUCCCCAACCCAUCGUUCAUAAUUCCUAUCAACCACCCCUGCCGCAGCCCCAGCAAGCGGCUGCUCCACCAGCCCCUUUUCAUCACUUGGAAUCAUCUGCUCCCUUGUCAAGUGCCCCAUCAGCCUUGAGUGCUGAAAGGACAUACAGUACACAUACGCAAAUUUUGGGCUCAGCCGCUGCUUCUGAAAUAGAGCCCAACAAGCUCCCUUCAGCCCAAGAAAAAGACAAUAAGAACGACGAGUACGUCGUCUACUAUUACUACUAUUAUGAUAACGACACGGCCACUACUGGCAAUCAGAGCAAUCCAAGCUUAAACUUCGAUGAUAUUCCUUCACUCGAGAACUACGACGAAAGGAAGGAGCCUGAAAACGCGCUCACUGACUCUGUCCACCCUAAGAACACUUCUCAGCCAAGGAUCGCUCCCGCUGGUGUGGACAACACAGUCAUCCGGGCGGACGCCCUGCCAUCUCAACCUGAAUUUCAACCUCCACCGCAACCCGUGAAACCUGUCUCGAAUGUUUUCCGAUAUGGCAGCAACGAAGUACCUCGCUUUCCCGUCAUCCCGAACUUUGUCCUGUCUGAGACCACUACUAUUCCCCCUACUACUACUACUGUGCCAACAGUACCUGCCUUCUCUGAUGAAAUUUUCUCGACCACUCCUGUUCCCCCAGUCAGUUUGGAUGAACCUGAAGAUGACACUCUCAACAAUGUCUUAGACAGUACUCCAGACCUGAAAGAUAUUAAGGAGGAAGAGACAACAACUACUACUACUCAGGAACCAACAACUACCACUGAAAUCCCUACAACUACGACAACAACAGAGAAGCCUCGCAGAAGACCAUCACUUGGUGGUGGUAGCCGUCGUCAAUUAACCAACAGACCUUCUUUCAGCUCCACCAGGAACCGAUCUCCAUCCCGAGGGGACAGUUCAAGUAGCUCCUCUACCACAUCUACCACCACUACUACUUCUACACCAUCCACCCGUCGAUCCUUCCAAAGCAACAAUAAUAGAUUCCGUUCUCGACCUGGUGGUUUCAGAGGCUCUUCUUCUCGCACUACUGAAGCAAGUGAGGAUAAAAGUACAACUAAGGCAGUAGAAGCCACAACCGCUUCUUCGACGACUACCACCACUCGUUCAAGAUUCGGUGGUGCCGCUACAAGAGGAAGGUUCCAAUCCAGCCGUUCCAGAGCAUCAAGUACCACCAGAGCACCAGCAUCAGCGACUUCAGCUACUCCUCGUACUACAUCUCGCACCACCAGCAGGCCGCGUCCAAAUUUGAUCACAAGAAAUCGACCAGCCCGACCAGGAUUCUUGAGACCACGUCCAGGCAGCGAACCAGAAGAGCCUUCUACCACCACCCCCGCCCCAGAAGAGGAAAUAGAAACAUCACCAGAAGCCAAUGAGCUUUCAUCAACAGCUGAAGAGGAAGUGGAGGAGACAUCCGAAGAAGAAGAGGAGGAACCUACAACGACGGAGGCCAGCCGAUUCUCCGCUCUCUUCAGACCCAGAAACAGAAGCCCCCUGGGUAACAGACCCAGGCCCCCCAUCGGUAACAGACCCGGGAGGUCUUGAAAGCCCUUUAAUAGACAAUGUAAAUUUAUGAACUAUCAGUCCAUGCAGUUAUUUUUUUUUAAAGUUUGUUUUGCAUUAAGGCACACGGUAUUUCUGAACUUCGAAGGCAAUCCGCCAAUAUGAUAGUCCAUUUCCUGUUUAUUCAGUAUCACGCAUUUAUUUACUUAUUUUACAAUCUCCUGAGGUGAAUUAUUGCACUAAUGUGCGUUUUCAAAAAUUUGUGCUUUUUUUUUCUUCCGUGAAUGACUAAAAAAAUUAUCUGGUUUAUUUUUAAUACUAUUUUAGACUCUUCAAUUAUUUUCUACAAAUUUACUAAAUCGUCAAAUAAUAAUCUAAUUGACAGUUCAAUAUUUUUACGCGUUGAAAUGCAUUCAAUAUUUUUGUACACAAUGUUGCAUUUAGGACAGGAGAAUAGAACUUAUUCUUAAAAUAUCCAUACUUCUCAAAAUAUUUUUUCAUCCGCGAAUUAAAGCAGUUACUAUAAAAAUAAAUAAUAAUUAAUUUAACUUUUAGAAGAUUUUGGUAGAUUUCCAUAAUCCUUCUUAUUAUAAAAAUUCUAUCCUUAGCGUAGAAAUAUCAAUUUGUGCCACAAGUAUUUCUUCUAAAUCAAUGUGUAUAAUGCGGUUUUUAGAAAUAAAAUAGCGCUAACCUUUCCUGGUGAAACACUAGCAUGAGCAUGGACGGAAAAUGGAAAGAGAGAAAUCAAUAAAAAGGAAUAUUCAAAAAGGAACUCGAAAGGAAAAUGUAAGCUACACUUCAUUAAAAAUUCACACCAUUUAAAUUAAACCUAAAUGUAAGCUGUUACAUUUCAAUGUAAAGAGAUGCCAUAAUGAUCGUACCAUUAGAAAAAUUAAUUCGGUGAUGUCCCUAUGCCAGAUUUCAACUUCCACUAAUCCGUCAAAAAAAAAAAAAAAAAAAAAACGGGAUCAGCAAUAAAUUUGCAACUGGAAGAUUAAAACUUCAGAUCUCAUUUCAACAUUAAUUGAAAUUGAAACAACACUGAGUAAAUCAAUUACAAAUGCAAUAUAAAAAAUGCAUCAUUUCACUUGCAUUUUCCAAUUGCAUUCAUUGCAGAAUUCAAAAACUAGAUAAGUAGGAACAAACCUUUAAUUCUCCAAAUCAUCAAGUGAAAUGCGUUGUACAUGAUGGAACAAUUUUUGUAUAAUAUGCAGACAUUUGACAAGAGCUACUCAGAACUUUAACAAAAGAAGUGAAUCAAUUUCCAAAAAAAUGUAAUGUAAAAUUUUUAUCGCCAAUUUGGAAAAAAUGGUUGAAAGUUGGAAUGUUUUAUUCUCAACGAAUAUUUGGAGUGUGAUCUUCCGUUUCAUCCCAUUAAUGUUAAAAUAAUCCUUUAUUAGAGUAUCCUUUUCAACAAAAAACUGAAAUUUAGAGAUAAACAAAAUGUCAGAUGAAAUUGUUUGAAAUUAUCAAAUAAUUUUUCCAGUGAUUUCAGGAAGUGAUCUUUUCAGUUCAAAAAAAAUCAGUUCUAUUUCUACACCGAGUCACAUCUAGAUGUGUAACAUUCACAUAAGAAUUUCUGUAUUCUUGUUUGAACCAGUAAACGAGACAACUUCAACUUCAAUGGUACCAUUAUCGGAGUACCCAUCCUUAGAGCAAAGGAAUACCUCCUUCAUGAAAGGGACUGUUAGAAACAAAGGCUUUUAAUAGAAUGACACGAGCUAAGUCAACGAGAAAUGUCUCGUUUUCUGAAAAUAUUCAUUCCGUUUCUUUUUGAAUAUUCCUCCCAUUCAAUCCCCCAGCCAUAAGAUACUGCAUCACACAAACGUCAGUUGUUAUAACAUUAACAAUAAAAUAAGAUGAAUACUCUAAUCUAUUCCAUAAUGACUUCUGAAAGUCAGCGUUCUUCUUUGUCAACGUGUUGGGGUUUGUAUUAAAAAUGCAUCAAAAUUCUUUAUUUUUUUUUCAGGAGUAGAGGCCAAUUAUAUACGUGCAUGUAUAUAUGUCUGUGAGACAUCGUAUGUAAAUAAAUUGAAUUAAAUAUAUUUCUUUAUA